AUGUCGGCUAAUGUAGCCCUUUCUUCAAGGCAUCGUACGGAUAUGGCCACAUUGUUUGAUGUGUUUUGUGAGGUUGGUGCUGGUGGACAAGAUGGACUCGCUGUUAUAUUAACCAAAUAUCCUGAAGAUUACAAUGAUGAAACAGCUUUAAAAAGCGUUCGGCAAUUUAGCUUUCCCUGUGGUCUCAAAGAAGUUGAAUCUGAUGCUGUGCAACUUUUUUCCUUCGUACUAACGGACUCUCAGUCCCAGUAUACUUUCGGCUACUGUCGGUUCACACCAAGAAAUAACACGUGUAUUUGUAUAUUAAGUGGUUUUUCAUGGCCAGGAGUUUUCUACAAGAUUCUCAACCACGUUUCUUUAAUAAUGAACAACGGAACGCAAGAUGAUCUCGAUGCUAUAUUAACUCGAAUUUAUCAUACAGAUAUCCCCAAUAUCGGUGAUACACUACAGUUUGAGUGUCAUAAUGGGAUGCACAAACUUGAGGUGAAAGUGCCUGACAUUACCAAACUACCCACUCUCCGCGAGGACAAAUUUAUGUUAGAGUUUUAUAACGCAGUAUCUCCACGACAAAUGUUGGCAAUCUAUGCGAGCUUGCUAAAAGAGCGUCGGAUCAUUUUUACUGGACGAAAGUUAAGUCAGCUUAGCUCGUGCAUUUAUGCUGCGUCAACCCUUCUUUAUCCCAUGUUUUGGCAGUCUGUAUUCAUUCCUGUAUUGCCGGAAAGUUUGCUUGAUAUGGUGAUGGCCCCCAUGCCUUUUCUGAUAGGAGUGCCAAAACAAGUCAUGGAAUCCAACGUAUUGAAGGAUUUGGGUGAAGUAGUCAUAGUCGAUCUUGAGGAUAAAACACUACAGAGCGCCCAUAAUGAUGUGGCGGAUGUUCCCAAUGAGGUAAUAAUAUAUCUCAAGAGUCAGUUGAAGAACUCUUCCGAUAUGGGCGACUCAAUGUCAAGAAGCUUUCUUCGCGCGAAUGUUCUGCUUUUUGGUGGAUACAGGAUGGGUUUUGUUCGCAGCGAGUCUACAGGGAUCGUUCACUGGGACAAAGAGAAAUUUGUGCGGGAGCAAAGGCCAUCUUUCCAACCGUAUCUGUCCUCACUUAUUGGUACUGAUGGGGUGCAGUACCUUGAAAGGUUCAUUGAAGAACGCUGUCGAGCCCUCAACAGUGGCCUACCAAUUUCGGACGAGUUCGAGACAGAAAUUGCUAAUAUAGAUAAGCUGAAAAUACAAGCAGUAAAUCCAGAAGCGAUUCAACAAGCGAUGCAAAGUGUGAAAGAAAAUGCCAGCGACGUUAUAGGAGCGCUGAAAGACCGAGUAACGGGUAUUCAGAUCGGUGCAAAACUCAACAAAUUAACACCAAAGGAGAUUCGGAAGCCCAAGAAUUGGUCAUUGAAAAAAGCAUCAAAAGGAGGUGGAUUUGAGCCGAUGUCUUUUGACAACAUCCAGUGGCGUGAUCCGGGGGUGAGGGAUAGUUCAGCCAUGAGAAAAGAGGGAGAAAGUGCGAGUGGCUAUGAGGCAGACAGCGACUCCUCUCGAGAAUCUUCGCCCCAGCCAACGGAACCUUCAAAUGUACCGGUUGCUAAUUUAAUCGACUUUGACACACCGGUAGAUAGUCCUUCACCUUUUAGUAACUUUCUGAAUACGGGUAAUCCUUUCCUUCCAUCGCCAUCUUCAUCUGCACUUCCUCCAGUGCCAUCAGUAAACCCUCGAGCCCCGCCGGUGCCUUCCAUGCCACCGCUUCCUGUCGGCCAGUCCACAUUUUACACGUCAGCCCUUGAUCCAUUUUUCGACCCCUUCAAGACGCCAACUAGUCCGGAAGAGAAAAGCGCAGUUGAAGCAAAGCCAAAGAAUAAAUGGGAGACUUUUGAUUGA